GUUUCAAUUUUUCAUCUGCACUCGAUUGUGAUUCUGAAGGACACAAAUUUAUUUUAUACUACUUCCUAGCGGGAUUUUCAUACGUUUACUCGCGGAAAAUUCUGGUUUCCCUAUUUUGGAUUCAAAUAACUGUCCAAAGCGUGAAUACGAUGGCCAACAAAUUUGACGCUCUGAAGACCUCAGACGACUCUGGAGAAGAGGAAAAUUCGCCUAGAAAAUCUGACGUUCACAAGGAAGACUUGCCAGAAAUUGAGGUUCCUCCUGGAGAUCACAGACUUCAAUAUGCGUACUCCUUUUGGUUUAGCAGGAGAACCCCAGGGAAGCAAGCGAUUCACAAUUACGACCAAAACCUGAAGAGAGUUGGACGGUUUGCAUCUGUCGAACAGUUCUGGAAUUUGUACAGUCACCUGUUGAGGCCUUCAGAGUUGCAGGGACACUCUGACUAUCACGUUUUUAAAGACGGCAUCAAACCCAUGUGGGAGGAUGAAGCAAAUCAAAAGGGAGGGAAAUGGAUCGUCCGUUUGAGAAAGGGCGUCGUGUCAAGAUGUUGGGAAAAUUUACUGCUCGCAAUGCUUGGAGAGCAGUUCAUGGUUGGGCAGGAGAUUUGUGGAGUUGUUGUGUCUGUGAGAUUUCAGGAGGACUUCAUUUCUGUGUGGAAUAGGACCGCUUCAGAUCAAUCAACCACUGCUAGAAUUAGAGACACGCUCAAAAGAGUGCUGAAUUUCCCGCCAAACACGAUACUUGAAUACAAAACUCAUACAGAGAGCCUCAAAACCUGGAAAGGAGGCCCUCCACCAAGACCUGCAUAGUUGAGUGCAUCACCGCAAAGUGCCAGGGAUAUUUAGUUAAUGAGAAGUUUCUGUUAUGCAGUCUUAAGGCAAGCGCAAGUGAGAAUUAGAUUAUUUGUUUCCGUGUGUGCGCACUAGGCUGAUCCCCUUUGUUUAGGGCAGUUUAGGCGGAUUUCGGGGGCUGUUAAUCGAAAGUGUCUGCCAAUUUGUCCCUCCAGCCUGUCGCUACAAGUGGAGGGGGGCGAGAGCAAGUUCUGCCACUUGCCUGCUCUCCCUCCACUGCUCGCUUUGAUCGCAAACAGCACCACGACGGCUGGGGAAUCACGGAUCUAAUUGUAAGACAACUGGCCGCAGAAUUCAUGGUCCUCCAUCAACCACUCUGUCUGACCUAAUUGUAACAUUUAUCUUGCGCUUGCCUUGGUCUUGAAUGAACUAAUCUAAUCAACAAAUUCAAAGGCCGAAUAAAUUGGGAAAGACUAACAGUCUUGAUUGCUGUCUUGGUUACACAUCUGUGUAUAUUCAAUUUGUCAUUUAUAAAUUAUACAUAUUAUAUGAAGAGAAAGGUUUUAGCGCAACUUCUCUGCAACUGGAUGUGAAUGGUGAUUCUUGAAAUAAAUAUCUAUUUAAAAA